CACUGCCUGUUAAUUUCACAUUCAUGGAUAUGUCUUCUGAUAUCUCGCAUGGCGCUUCGUCUUCUCCAUACAGAGGUGUUCGCAAGAGAAAAUGGGGCAAAUGGGUGUCUGAAAUCAGAGAGCCCGGCAAGAAGACCAGAAUUUGGUUGGGCAGCUUCAAGACCCCGGAGAUGGCCGCUGCGGCUUACGACGUCGCCGCGUUGCACUUCCGGGGACGUGAUGCGAGGCUCAACUUCCCUGAGCUCGCCGGCAGCCUGCCCCGUCCGGCUAGUAGUGACGCCGAUGACAUUCGCAUGGCUGCACAUGAGGCCGCGUUGAGGCUGAUGACGGCGGGGCCCACUUCAGCCCUGGAGGAGUCGUCCGGCUCCGAGGUGGCUCCGGUGAUGGUCCGUCUUUCGCCGAUGCAGAUUCAGGCGAUCAACGAGAUGCCGUUGGACUCGCCGAGGAUGUGGAUGCAAAUGGCGGACUCGAUGAUGUUGGAUGAAACGAUGUCGUUUGUGUAUGAGGAUGGAAAGGAUAUGCACAGUGAUUCUCUGUGGGAUCCGUAGGGUAAUAUAUUAUUUAAUUCAUACAUUAUAAUUAAUUAUAGAUUAUCAUUAGUAUUAUAAUCAAUAUGGGGAAUAUCCAUAUAGGAUUAGAAGUAAUUAAUUAGUCAAAUCUUAAUUAAUUAUGUAGUUGACAAAUUAUUGAUUUAAACUAGAGCUAGCUAGCUGUAGGAAUUUGAACUUGAAAGUUAAAAAAAAAAAAAAAAAACACACGCGCACGCACGCUCAAAGGGCAGAAGUGGUUGGGUCAUUUUCCUUAAAGAUGAUGAAAGAAACCAUGACUGUUGAUAUUGAAAUUCUGUCUUAUUUAAUUAAUUUGAACGAGACGGAAUUUAUG